CUGAGCUGCGUUGCAGUGUUGCGGUGUUGCGGUGUUGCGGAGUCCUCCCCGCCCUCGCUCUCAUACCAACAAAAUGGGUCAUACUAAUACUGUAGCAAUCGCUAGGCCAAGCCUGGUCUGGUCCGGUCUCGGGCUAUUGUCUGUCUGUCUGUCAUAGGGCGUGUGUGCGUACGUACUACCGUAUGACUCUCUACUCUACCACCUGUGGCUAUUUUCGUCUUUUACUUCAAACGUCAACUUGAGCCGAUACAUACCCAUUGCCUUGGGUGAACCAGAGAAAAGCAUAGAAAGAAAGGAAGGAAAGAAACAUACGCUCGAAUUCUCGCUCAACUGACUUUGGCCUCCUGUCCCGUACCAGCUACCAGCUACCAGGUAUCAAUCAAUCAAUUAUUCAUUUACUGGCAGCUACCUACCCAGGUCCUCGCUGUACAUACAUACAUACAUCAACACCGCCAUGGCACCACACGCAGCAACAGAAACAACCGCAAUCACCGACACCGAGGGCAUCCCACUACCAAACCCACUGACCGCCAAGAUCCCUAUCAAUGAUAUCCUCAACCGCCGCGCAAAGGCACAGCAAGCACAAUGGGGCGUCGCAGCACCCACCAGCAUGGACGCAUUCAGAAUCAACAGACAGCAGCAGCAGGAGCAUAAGCCCAAGGCAAAACGCUGGGAUCACUACCUAUCGCACGAAACAACAUCGCGCACAGGCUCCGCGCUCAAAGACGCCGCAAAAUGGCUCGGCACACCAGGCAUCAUCUCGCUCGGCGGCGGCCUGCCCUCAAGCGAAUACUUCCCCUUUGCCUCGCUGUCCAUCAAAGUGCCACAAGCGCCCUUCUUCAGCGAAGCCGCAACGGCGCAGUCCGGCACCCUCCUAACAGCAGGCAAGCACGAUCUCGCCGAGGGGCUAUCCAUCUUCGACAUUGCGACGGCGUUCAACUACGGGCAGGGCUCGGGGGCCGCACAGCUGCUGCGCUGGAUCUCCGAGCACACGGAGCUGGUGCACGAGCCCGGGUAUGCGGAUUGGGCGUGUACGAUGACGGUGGGGAGCACGGCGGCGCUGGACAUGUUGCUGCGCAUGUUUACGCGGGCCGGGGAUGUGGUAGUGAGCGAGGAGUACACGUUUGCGUCGGCGGUGGACACGAUGCGGCCGCUGGGCGUGCGGGUGGCGGGCGUGGCGGUCGAUGCCGAGGGCAUGCUGCCUGCUGCGCUGGACGGGCUGCUCGAGGCGUGGGACCCGGCUGCGCAUGCCGGGGCGCGGAAGCCGCGUGUGCUGUACACGGUGCCGAGCGGGCAGAAUCCGACGGGGGCGACGCAGUCUGGCGCGCGGAGGGCGGCGCUGUAUGCCGUGUGUCGGAAGCACGAUGUCAUCGUGUUCGAGGACGAGCCGUACUAUUUCCUGCAGAUGGAUCCGUAUAGCGCUGGGGCUGAGGCGGAUACGCCUGCUGCUGCGCCUGCUUCGCUGGCCGAGUUUCUGGACGCGCUGGUGCCGAGCUACCUCCAUCUGGAUACGGAUGGGCGUGUGGUGCGGCUAGACUCAUUUAGCAAGGUGCUUGCGCCGGGCACUCGGAUCGGAUGGAUCACGGGCUCGGAGCAGAUUGUCGGGUUGUUCCGUAAACACGCGGAUUUGUGCACGCAGGGGCCGAGCGGGGUCAGCCAGCUGAUGGUGUUCAAGCUGUUGGACGAGCACUGGGGCCACGGCGGCUAUCUGGCGUGGCUGAUGCAUCUGCGCGCCGAGUACACGGCCAGGCGCAAUGUGAUUCUGCAGGCUGCUGAGCAGCAUUUGCCCCGGGAAGUGGUGCAGUGGACGCCGCCGAUGGCAGGCAUGUUCUUCUGGAUGGGUCUGGAUUGGAAACGGCAUCCCGACGCCGCGAGCAAGAGCGUGAUGGAGAUUGAGGAGCAGGUGUUCAUGCGCAGUAUCGAGCAUGGCGUGUUGGUGAUGCGUGGUAGUUGGUUCAGGGCGGAUGCAGAUAGCGAGAUGACGUCGUUGUUUUUCAGGGCCACGUUCGCGGCUGCGCCGUUUGACAAGAUUCAGGAGGCUAUACGGAGGUUUGGCGAGGCGAUUAGGGUCGAGUUUGGGCUUGUGCAGACGGCGUAGGGUUGGGGGUUUGGUGCCGCCGGAAAGUGGAGGAGCACUGUGGAUACAAGUAGCAGAUCAAAAUGAUUCACAGCAAUGUUUUU